AUGGCUGGGACGAGUAACUUUACCAAGAGGGAAAUUUUUUAUGGAGGUGUGGAAGAUGAUGGAGAUCAGAACUAUUCUGUUCACACAAAGGGGAGAAAGAAACUUCUUGUUUUGGGUCUUGGAGGGUUGCUUUGCCAUAGAAUCUGCUGGAAAGACACCACUGAAGUUCCAAUAGUACAUCGUAGGCCCGAUGCUGUUUAUGGAAGCUACGCUGUAUACAAGAGGCCUUAUUGUGAAGAGUUCAUGAAAUUCUGUCUUUCAAGAUUUGAGGUGGGGAUAUGGUCAUCUGCGAGAGAAUGGUACCUGAACAGCGCCUUGGACUGUAUAAUGAGUGGAUUGAGAAGCAAGAUAUUAUUUGCUUGGGAUCAAAAUGAAUGUACUAAUACUGGAGUCAGUUGCUUGGAGAAGAAAGCAAAACCGAUAUUUUUGAAGGAAUUGAAGAAAGUGUGGGAUAGAAAUUGGUCUAGCUCCCUGCAGCACAGGGAUGAAUAUUCUGCAUCAAACACUUUGCUAAUUGAUGAUGAGCCCUACAAAGCCCUGCUGAAUCCUCCUCACACAGCCAUUUUUCCUUCUGAAUACAAGGCGUACCAAGUUAAUGAUAAUUCUUUAGGUCCAAAUGGCGAGCUGUGGCGCUACAUGGAUGGUCUGGCAGCGGCAGAUGAUGUCCCUUCAUAUGUUAAGGCACAUCCUUUUGGGCAGCCUGCAAUAACGCCAAUGCACUCAGAUUGGGAUUACUACUCCAAGAUUAUGGUCAAUAUUCAAUGGAAAAAGUAGAAUAGUUUUUGGUAUUUGUUUGGUCUAAAUUUGGUAUAUAUUAUUCU